AUGGUGUAUUUUCAGGGACCACGCUGUGUUGAUCGCAGUACAGCAGCUGACUUUUGUGAAGACCACGGUGGUAUUUUGCCGACAAUCAAAACCGACGAAGAAUCGGCGGAUGCGCUUCGUCAUUCUGAAAAUGGCUUUUGGUUAGGUGUUGAAAGAAUUGGAUCACGUCUUACUUGGUUGGAUGGACUGAAUUCCAGUGCCUCACUGUUUGUCGGGCCAAAGAAAGAUAGUGGUAAUUUUGCUGUAAUGACAACAAAUGGUCACUGGAGGGUAGUAGAACAUGAAAAUGAAACUUGUGGAAAACCUGUAUGCUUCAUGAGAGACGUGGUUACUUCUACGAAGUGUCCUUGGUAUUCUGAAGAGGAAAACUAUAACAUUUAUGAUUCUGUAGUGGUCAGCGAGAGUAAUGGAAAGUGGUAUUACUGUUUGAUUGAUGUCGGUACAAAAGAUGGCAAAACUACUACAUUGGCUUCCUCGCAAAAGUACUGCCAUAAUGCUUUCAAAGGUCGCCUUUUAUCCUUUCCUCCAAUAAGGGAGUACAUUUUCUUACACGGACAUUUUUACAGUUCAAUUAAACGUGGAAAACCUCGUGUUACACUCGGUCCAGUGGAGAAGGAGCUUGUGCAGCAUCUAGCGGAUGCUAAUAUAAACACUUUAACAAUGGCCCACCUUGCUGAUACGUUUUUUGUUGCUAUGGAAUCAAAAACAGACAUCAAAUAUCUGUGCCGCCCACUGUGGACCUAUCUUGAUGGAGUUUGCUACAAAAAAGGUACAAAGAAGUUAACUUACUCACAGAGCUCGGAGUAUUGCAGAACAAUGGAGAGAUCUCGAUUAGCCACACUGUAUGAUGAUAAUUCUUUAGUCAAAUUUCUUGACAUUCCCAACGAUAAGAGACAAAACUACUGGAUUGGGCUUGAUUACCAAGAUAAUAAUUAUUUUUGGGGAAACGGACGUCAGUACACUCUAAAAUCACUUAAAAAGCCUCAACCGAAUUUCCGCGUGGCAAUAACACCUGAUGGUUUCGAACUUUUUCAUGAAACUUCAAAGUUUCUUCCUAUUUGCGAGUAUAAAAGCUCAAUAUUAUUAACGGACUCAGGAACAGUUCGAAGAUUUGCGUGCAAGAAAUAUUUUAAACCAGUAGAGGAACUUUCAAACGAAUCUUUUACUGGUUUGGAGACUCGAUCGCUAAGGGGACAGGCUCACUACGGUUAG